GUUGGCAACAUCGGCCAGUGUUAACAGCUGUUCGUAGCAGCCGUUUCACUCGCACUUACAGGCAGGCCCCGGGCACAGCUGUGCGCGCUGCCACAGGCAACAGUACAUUGAAAACGUAAACAAAAGCUUUUUGAAUUUUUAUUUUAUUGCCCAACACGCGCACACAUACCACAAGUAGGCCAAAAUGUACGGCAAGGACGAUCGAUCCAAGGACAAUCGCAAGAAUAUGAAGCAGCAUAAAUACUAUCACAAGCAACAACAACAACAACAGCAACAGCAACAACAGCCGCAGCGUGGCGGCAACACAUCCUCCAGCUCGCCACAAACGACAGCGGUGCGCAGCAUUGUGGAUGUGGCCGAUUCCAGCGAUGAGCCGCGCUUCGCACGCAAGGGCUGGUCGAGCGGCACCCGCUCGCUGGCGCCGCAGAAGAACCGCGAUAUGCUCGACACACUGCCGCCAACGGACACGGACGAUGUGGAGCAGCUGGUCGAUGGCACGCCCAUUGAUGAGAAUGCGCGCGCCCAGCUGCGGGCCGGCGACUACAAGCAGAUGUCCCAGUUUCCCAGUAUGGGCGGCGGCCAUUUCAGCUUUGGCGCCGAGAAGGAAUGGAAUAACAUAGCCGAGGGCCAGACCCAGCUGCACACCAAGGCGGCCAGCAGCUACUUUACGCUGAAUCUCGGCAUGCUCAACUGUGGCCUGCAAACGAUACCGUUCUACAAGCGCAUGGACUACUCGACCAGCAUGUUCACGCGCCAGCAGAUCGUUGCCCAGAACGAAGCAGCUGAGCGCGCCGAGCGCAUAUACCAGGAGCGUGUGCUGCGCGAAUCCAAUGGCAUUGGCAGCGCCGGCAAAUCACGUGCGCCCUCUGCCAAGUCCACAAAGGAGCUGCCGCCGGCAACGGGCGCCGCAACAGAUGCGCCCGAUGAACUGGACGAGCUGCUGGCGCUGACCGAUACGCAGCUGGCGCAGACCACCAUCGCCACGGGCCAAACACUGCCAAUUGCCUCGCCGCUGCAGGUGCAGACGGCGACGCCAACGAGCGCCAGCAAAAACGAUGUGGAGCAGUGGCUGGACAGCGUGCUGGACGAGUGAGCUGCCAAGGGCAACGAGAGAUAAACUCCAAACGCAUUUCCUAUCCAAUCCAAUCGAUAUGAUAUAUGAUAUAUGCUUAAAGCGCUGCUUGAAUAGUUUUUUGUUAAGCUUUAAUAUUAACGCUUUAAUAAUACAAAUUGCUUGAAUUGUGUUCGUUCCAUUUGCCAUUUCGUUCCAUCAACUGUCGCAGGCAUUACGCAUGUGCGCCGGUUCAAGCUGCAAACGCAGCGUAAAACGCGUGUUGCUCAACACUGAAAGUAACGGCAGAAGCUCCGGCAACUGUCAUUAACAGAAUUAUCGAAUGUAUCCUUGUUGGUCGUAGAAUAGGUUAAAUGAAAGCAAAUGUAUUUCUUUUAAGAAAUAUGACUUUUGCUGUGCCCCUUAAAUAAUUUCAUGCUUGUUUUUCACUUUUGUAGCCAAAUUUUGUAAUAAAUGAAGCGAACUAUUCAAAAGUUUUGUUGCUUUUUGCAUAACUUUUUUUUUAGUAUUUCUAGUAUUGUAAAAUAUGCAAUUCUUGAUAAUUGGGCAACUCUUCUGGCACAUUUGCGUUUCGAGCACUGUGCAAGAAGUUUUCCGAAAGAGCGCAAGUGUACAGUUGAAAGAAUAUAAAAAAUCAAAUUUAAAAUAAUUAUUUUCAAGUGUUAUUUUGACAAUUGUGGCCAGGUGUAGCCAAACUGCAGGAAAAGAGAGUCCGGUUCAAAGGAUAACAAGCGGAAUAGGCGGAUUCGAUCCUCGAGUGAAUCGAGAA